GUAGACAUUAUAAUUUAUGAACACAAGUAAAAUUCUUGUAUUUCUUAUUCAAGCCUUUCAUAUUCACAGUCUGAAUAUCAAUGUCAGCAAAGAACAAAAUCCUUUCUAUAGUAAACCAACUGAAAAUUUGUACAAGUUCAAAGCAGCUGGAAUCCCUCUACACUUUGAUACUAAAAAAUGGUGCUGCAACCAAAGACUGUUUCUUAAUGAACCAAUUCAUUUCCACAUGUUCUACACUUAAUAACACAGAUUUUGCAUCCCUUGCAUUUUCCCAAAUGGAAAAUCCCAAUGUAUUCGUUUUCAACGCAUUAAUAAGAGCUUUUAUUCAUUGUCACAGCCCAAUUAAUGCUUUAAACUUGUAUAUAGACAUGUUAAAAAAAACUCAAAAUAGUCCAAAUAGCUACACAUUUUCGUCAGUAAUUAAGGGUUGUACUUUGAUGUGUGCUUUAAGACUAGGUGAAUGUGUACAUGGGCAAAUUUGGAAGUAUGGGUUUAGAUCCCAUGUUUUUGUUCAAACUGGUUUGAUUGAUUUUUACUCUAAUUUAGGUAGAGCUGAUUUAUCAAGAUUAGUGUUUGAUGAAAUGCCUGAAAGAGAUAAUUUUGCUUGGGCUGCAAUGGUUUCAGCCCAUGCUAAGGCUGGUGAGUUGGGUGCUGCUAGAAGUUUGUUUGAUGAAAUGCCUGAAAAAAUUACCCCUGCUUGGAAUGCUAUGGUUAAUGGGUAUGCAAGAACUGGGGAUGUCGAGUCAGCUGAGUUGUUGUUCAAGGAAAUGUCGAGUAAGGAUUUGAUAUCGUGGACUACGAUGAUAAAUUGUUACUCUCAGAACGGGAUAUAUGGACGAGCUACAGAGGUUUUCUGUGACAUGAAGAGUAACUUGAUCACUCCUGAUGAAGUAACAAUGACUAGUGUUAUUUCUGCUUGUGCACAUCUUGGUGUCCUGGAUCAAGGAAAGGAGAUGCAUCUUUAUGUUAUGCAAAAAGGUUUUGAUCUUGGUGUACAUAUUGGGUCUGCAUUAAUUGACAUGUAUGCAAAAUGCGGGAGCUUGGAGAGAUCACUCUUGGUAUUCUAUAAGUUGAGGGAGAAAAACCUUUUCUGUUGGAAUUCUGUUAUCGAUGGACUGGCUGUUCAUGGUUAUGCAGAAGAGGCAUUAGCUAUGUUUAGCAGGAUGGAGAAAGAGAAGGUAAUGCCGAAUGGUGUUACCUUUGUCAGCGUUCUUACAGCUUGUACACAUGCAGGGCUAGUUGAGGAGGGUCGGAAGAGGUUUCUAACUAUGACCGGGUACUAUGGUAUCGUUCCUGAAAUGGAGCACUAUGGUUGCAUGGUUGACCUAUUGUGUAAAGCUGGUUUACCAGAGGAAGCACUUGAGAUUAUUAGAAGCAUGAGAAUGGAGCCAAAUGCUGUUGUUUGGGGUGCUUUACUUGGUGGGUGCAAGCUUCAGAAGAACUUGGAAAUUGCUCAAUUUGCUGUUGGAAAGUUGAGUAUUUUGGAGCCAAAGAACAGUGGCUAUUACGCCCUCCUAGUGAACAUGUAUGCUGAUGCAAAUAGAUGGAGUGAAGUAGCCAGGAUCAGGGCAAUCUUGAGAGGAUUAGGAGUAGAAAAAGAAUGUCCAGGUUCCAGCUGGAUCGAAAUAGAGAAAAAGAUCCAUCAGUUUGCUGCUUGUGAUAAUUAUCACCACUCUUCACAGGAGAUUUUUUCCUUACUAGAUGGAUUUGAUGGGCAACUUAAGCUGGCUGGGAAUGUUCAAGAGCUUGGAUUUGUGUUCUAAUGACAUGCAAAGCCAUUGUUGACAGCACAGACUUCAUAUUCAAAGUGGUUAAAUAUUUUGUAUUCUGUUGCGGUGGAUUUAGAUCUCGAACUGUACAUUCAAAGAGGCAAAGGUAAUGCAAAUUCAUUCGAGUCACUAAUCUUGUGCUAUGUAAAAUCAUCGCAGCAACCGUUACAUGGGCAUUUCGUACGGCUAAAGGUUCAUAACUACAGCAUUCAAUUAAGUACAAAUUCAUUAAGAAGUUCACUCUUGUUAAUGCCAAGGCGGGAAGUUUCUGUUUGAAGUAAAAUCCGAGCUGCCACAGAAUAUGGAUUGUAUCUAGACAACUCUGAGUUCAAAGUUUUUCCAGUUGAAUCAGUGGCUCGGGCGAUGAAAUUUCUCUCCUCUGCUCUAACCGGUGGCUAUUAGGCACUUCGCAGUUCCUCCUUAUCUCUCCUGCGCAGCCAGAUUGGUCACCCAUCUUUAUCAUCCCUUCAACAAAGGCCUCAAAGAAUUUAUCUUGGUGUUGCAUCCAGGGUCACAUUCCCAUCUCCACCAAGUGGAGAAAGCCUGUCUAGCUUUUUCCUAAAUCUUUGUUCAGUAGCAGGGUGAAGCCGGCCUGAGCCAGACUGGUUAUAUAGGCAAAAAAUGAUGUCAAAGCACCUUCCGUUGCCAAUGGAACGAGAACCAGAAAGGGCUACAAGAAUUAAAUCUGCUGAAGAGAUCAAUGAGGAAUAUGGCCCGAAUCAGAGAAUUUCAAUGACAAAGGUAUGGGUCCAGUCAAGGAACUUGCACCAAAGGUUAUGAUUUCAAUUCUUCCAGCUGCAAUAGGAAACUGAUAGGCUGAUGGGCAUGGUACUCGUGUUGCAGCUACGGCAGCAGGGAGUCCAGUGGCAGGUGCAUCUUAUUGUGGGUUAGCAGCAGGAACAGCCAAGGGUGG